AUGUCCGGGACAGAGGCUGCCGCCGCCCAGGGCGGUGGGGGAAACAAUGCCAGUGAAUUUGUCCGCAAGCUGUUUCGCAUGCUCGAAGACCCGUCACACCAAGAUGUAGCACGAUGGGGCAAGGAUGGCGACUCAUUUGUCGUCGUCGAGGGCGAAAAGUUCACGAGGUCCAUCCUACCGAAGCAUUUCAAGCACAGCAAUAUGUCUAGCUUUAUCCGACAGCUUAACAAAUACGACUUCCACAAGGUUAAGCCAUCCACUGAUGGCGACUCCACCUCGCCGAAUGGCAAUAUUUUAGAGUUCAAACAUCCCUACUUCCGUGUCGACAGCAAAGACGAUUUGGAUAAUAUCCGCCGAAAAGCGCCGGCCACCAGAAAACCUCAGGUCGCGGAGGACUUUACUACGAGCCAGCAUGUCAGCGUCAUAUCCGAGCAGCUGACGGCUACGCAGCAGCAGGUGCAGCAGCUCCAGGAGCUGUUUGCCGAUGUUUCGCAAACUAACAGGCUCCUCGUCAAUGAGGUUCUUACGCUGCAAAAGAUGCUCAAUGCUCAGAAGCAGGCGCAGUAUGAGAUGCUCAACUACCUCUCCCCUUACAACCAUAACCGGAAUAAUGGGAUGAUGGGCCACCAGAUGAACUCGAAUGGCAGCAUGCCGACGGCCGAAGGAGACGAAGCUGUGCCGGAGCUUAGAAGGGCGAGAGAGCUGCUUUCUAGUGUCCCAGCCGACACCGUGGCUGAUCGUGAGCUUGAGCGUCUGCAUGACAUUUACGAAUCCCCGGCCGACUCGGCGACCAUGGUAACCCCCGUAUCGAUGCCGAUGAUGCAUGACCCUAUGAAUGAUAUUAGCCGGUACCCCGUUUACCCCGUAGGACAGACCGUUGGCAUUGAUCCUUUCCAUUCGGAUCACAUCAACAAGAUUCCAUAUGCUAUUCCCAACGAAGGCAGUUCCGGCCCCAUGGACCAACAUCAACAACAUCAGCAACACACGCCGCAGCCAGGGUCAUCCGGUCAGAUGAACAACGCACCUGGCACCUCAGGAUCGAUGGAUAAGCCUGCGUCUCUGUGGGGGCCAAAGAAACCCGUUGUAUUCCUGGUGGAAGACGACCCCACGUGUGCCAAGAUUGGUAUUAAGUUUCUCAAAUCCAUGGGCUGCGAUGUUGAACAUGCCAACAAUGGCGCGGAAGCAUUCAGCAGGGUCAGCACCGUUGGUCGCGACCAUUUCGACCUCAUCUUCAUGGAUAUCAUCAUGCCCCGGUUGGAUGGUGUAUCGGCUACCAUGUAUAUCCGCCAACAUUGCCCAACGACGCCCAUCAUUGCGAUGACGUCAAACAUUCGUCCGGACGAAGUGAAUGGAUAUUUCGAGCAUGGGAUGAAUGGAGUGCUGGCCAAGCCAUUCACAAAGGAAGGGAUGCUCAAGUCGGUCAAGACAAACAUGCAACACCUGUUAAAGAACCCACCCAGCCAGUCGGAUAAUGGGCACGGGCCUGGGUUCCUCAUGAACGUUCCGUAUCUGAGCACGACGGGCAACAGCAUCAAAUUCGAGUCACCGACUCCACCCGCAGGUGCCAGCGGCUCGAAUUGGUCGUCCGGCCACAUGUCCCAGAACGGGGUCGACCAGAGUUUUGGGCUCAUGGACGGGAGCAACCAGUAUAACAUAUCGCAGAAUAGGGGCGGGUACUCGACGAUGGAUGCAUCCUCUGGCCGCAUAUCCGAUCAUGACAGCCCGCCGGAGAAGCGGCAGCGCCUGAAUAACUCGCAACGAAAUUAUGCUUAACGCCAAGGCUGACGAUUAAUUCUGUGCAUCGAAGUGCUCUGUUGGAUGAUCAUUUUGACUUUUGUGUCUCCUCAACCCCCCUACCUUCCGCUUUUCACCUUUCCCCCUCCUUGUCGACUCAUUGCAUGGAGACACUUUGUUAUCGGCGUUGUGACUUGUUUAAACCAAAGGAGGAACUUUUUCUUCUUGUCUUUUUUUUUCCAUCCUUAAAGAUGGAUUCCACCUGUUCUCUUGGGAUUUCUGGUUGGGAUGAUGAUUUCGCGUACCGGUUGGAUAUUUUGUCGGGGCAUUCUGUGACAAUGUUUCCCCUUGGAGAAGGAAACGCUUUUUUUUUGUUCUCUUUUUUGAAAUGAACGAAAACCGGAGUUGUAACGAUAUAUGCUUAUCUAGGCCAUGGGUUUAUGAGGAGAAUGGGCUGGAGGAGGCCGCCUUUCUGUGAUGAAGAUGAAGCCGUGCUGGUGUUGAAGGCCCCAAAGCAUUGGGAGCCUGGAUUGGUGGCUGUUCAUGACAGAGAGUGGUUAAUCAUAUGAUCUAUUUGCACG